AUGAAUGAUACGAAUGGUCAGAAUGAAGGACAAGAAGCCAUUCAAGAUGAAGAGCUCGACGGUCAAGAACCGGGGGAGACGGAUACCGAUCAAGAGCAAGACCCGGAGCAAGGCAACGAGACAGACCCCGAGUUCUCGUCCGCGUUAGAAGACGCGCUGCAGCACGAGGACGUGUCGUCGACCGUGCUUCUUUCGCACAGGGUCCCCAAUCGCAUGGGCUACCUUGUCUCUCCCAUCUCUCCAACCACCUCCUCCGCCUCCCAGCUCGAUCUUAUAACGAAGGGCGCUGAGAACGACUCGCUCUCUCCUCCCCUUGCUGGCAUUCGCCGCAGUCACAGCAUCAGCGAGACGAGCAAGUCGGAACUGCAUCCGUUCCCCUGCCCGCGGUCACAUGGCUCUGGCUUCGGGUUAGGGGACUGGAAGCAGCAGCUGGCGCGGGCUGCUGAGCUGGACGUACGCGUGGGGCGGUUUGAUUGGUCGGAUCUGGUGGCCUUGUACCGCACAGAAGUGGGAGGGGAGGGUAGUUCUGCUGUCGCAGGUGGAGGAGGAGGGGGAGGCGGGGGAGGAGGAGAGGGGUUUUCUGACGCACCUGUGAUGGAAAAGAGCGGUAGUGUGGAGGUGACCGUCAACUCCGGCGGGAUUGUGUACUUUGCACUGUUCCAACAGAAGAUGUACGAUGCUGGACCCAAACGGGGUGAUUUUGAGCACAAAGAAACAGAGGAGGAAGGCAGGAAUAGGGCGAUUGAGGAAAAGCUGGGGCCGCAAAUUCCGCCUCAAGACACACUCCAAAGCAAAGAUAACAGGGGAGUGGAAAAGGCUGGGAAGGAAUGGUUAGGACGUGAAGGACAAGGGGUAGAACACCAGCCACAACUGGCAGCAGCGUGCAUCAAAUUCGCGGGGUCGCGCAUUGUGGUGCAGUCAGAGCGAUUCGGAGCAGAGCUGGCCAUGCACCUGGGCAUUGCCACGCCGCAGGUACGCGUGGUGCACCGGGGGAAUCACGGCAGAAGCAGCACGCACAGCAGCCCCGUGCUAUGCAGUGCCACUAACACCAACAGCAGCAGCAGCAACACCGGCAACACGGGUAGGAGAAGGGCGACAGUAGCUGGAACUUGCAGAAUGGCAUCUCUGGGUGGUUCUGGUGCUACCAACGACAACGACGACCGUUUCACAAUGGAUAAAGAAAACCAGCAGCGGGGGUUCCCCGGCCAGGUGGACGUUUGUGGUCGGGGCCAUGAUCCUUGUUUGUCGGCGCAUGAGCUUGCUGUGAAGCAGAGUCAGGAGUGGGAGGAGGUGGUUCUGGCUGUGGAACGACUGAGGGAGAGAGAGGUGGAGGCGAGAGAGGAAGGGGGUAGGAGCGGGAGAGGGGAGGAGGUGGACGGGAGGGAUGGUGGAGCGGAGGAGGGAGGGAGUGUGGUGGAAAGGAAGGAGAGUGGAGGGAAGGAGGAGGCGAGUGUGGUGGAGGAGUUUCUGGAAGCCCUGCAGCUGAGCCGAUGCUUCUUGUUCAUGGGGCAUGUAAAAGGGCAAUCUUUCGUUUCUUGUCCCCGGAACGAGCUUUUCCCUGACCAAUCUGCCCGGGAAAAGACCGCGCACUCUUUGGGCCGUGUGCUGCUGCUGGAUAUCAUGUUGAGGAACGACGACCGGUUACCCUGCCCGGAAUUGGGGUGGAGGGGUAACCGCGGUAACAUCUUAUGUUCCAACCGACCGUUACUGAAAGCAUGGGAGCGGAAAGAGAGUGUGAAGGAGAGUGAUAGUGAGGGGGCAGUGGGUGGUCGGUUGGACGACAGGAGGAGAGGGAGCGGAGGCAGGGAGGGAGGAGGAAGAGGGAGUGGAGGAGCAAGGGGGAGGGGAAGGGGCAGGGGGCGAGGAAGGGGAAGAGGAAGUGGAAAGGGGCGAACUGGUGGUGUGUGCGAUAGUGACAAGAACCGGGGGGUCGAGGCAAGUCAGGGAAUGGUUGGGCAGAAGGCAAAUGAGCGCGUACCAGAGCAGCUGGUGUUGGGGCAGGAGGCACAACAACUGCCUAUGCGUGUGGGGCAGGAGGUGAAGCAGCUGGCAGUGGGGCAGGAGGUGGUGGUGAUAGACUCGUCCAUCUGCCGCCGCGUGCCCCCCGGGCUGGCAGAGCAGGACCGUGAGGCCAUUCCACGCCUCGUGCAGCUGCUGCUGCAUGACCCCUGCUUUGCCGCCCACACACUCUUCCACGCCUCCUUUGGCGCCCUGGGCGAACGGGACAAGCAAGGCGAGCAGGGGAAGCAGGAUAAGCUGAGCGUUCUAGGCGAGCAGCACAGACUGAGCUCUCUGGGCGAGGAGCGCGGGGUGCGUGAGGGGGUGGGGUGUGUGCCUCUUGGUGAAGGUGUGCAUAAAGGUCCUGAUGGAGUUUACCUGGCGUCAUCGUCCUUUUCAUCCUCGCUACAGUCAUCCUCGUUUGGCUCGUCCUGCUCCUCCUUCUCGUCCUCCUCGUCUGGUGCUACAGCUGCUCCUACAGGUGGUACCAGUGCUGGUGCCCCUGCUACUGAUGCUUGCAUUCAGCCUGUUAGCAGUCACGCCCAGUCUCCCCCUGCACUAACUGAAGCUGGAGCUGCUCUAGAAGGCUCUGCUCGUACCACGGAGCUUAAAACCGCCCCUACAUUUCCGAGAAGCAACAGUACCUCCCCCACUGCUGUUGCUACUACAACCAGCAUCACCAGCAGCAUCACCACCACUUCCACCGUCACCGCAACCACUGCUACCAUCACCACUGAAUCUGCUGUCAAUAUUAUCACCGGAUCCAGCAGCAGCAGCAUGUCUUUUCAGCCCUCCAAAAUGGCAAAGCUGGCAGCAGCAGCACACCCCAUCGUGUCCCCAGAAACACGCGCGUUCCAGCAGGGGUUCAGGGAGGCGGUGGAGGAGAUGGGGCGAGUGCAGCGCACGCUGGCAGCGCUGCACUCGCGGCUGGACGACAUGCUCCGCGCCUUCCUCGCGUUCGUCACCUCUGUGCCUGCACUCGAUGGGCCAGGGGAGGGCGGACGAGGCCGGGAGGGCAGGAGAGGUGGGGAGAAUGGGGAGAGUGGGCGAUUGGGAGAGCGUGGGCGAAGUGGGGAGUUUGGGGCGGCCGCAGGAGGCUGGGAGAGUGGGGAGAGUGAGGGCCGGAUGGGAUAUGGUGGUAGGAGAGACAGUGACAGUGGGAAGCAGGAGAGGGUGGUGGGAGGAGAGGGAAGGGUGGGAGAGCGCGGAGGGAGGGGAGUGGAGGGAGGAGUAGUAGCAGGAGGAGGGGUAGGAGGUGGAGGGUUGGCGCUGGUUGAUAUGAACGCAACGACCCCGUUUCCUUUCCGAAAGGGAUCUCACAUUCUCUCACCUUUAUCCGCCUUAAGGCCAGGAGUCAACAACAAGGGAUGCAAUGGCGGUAAUAGUGGUGGUUUCGAUGGGAGUGGUGACUCCAGCGACAGCAGGAUUGGCCUUCAUGCUGGUUCCGACUUGAAGUGUGGUGGUGACAGCUGUUCUGGGCAGCGAGGACUCGCUAGGAGACGAUCCUCGCCAUCCGUUUCGUGCCGCACUGCACACAUGCCUGCGAGUAGAUUGGACUUUAGUAGCAGUGGUGCUAGUGGUGAUGGUGAUGGUGAUGGUGAUGGUGAUGGUGAUGGUGAUGGUGGUGGUGAUGGUGGGGGUACUGUCAGUGGAGUGAGCUGUGGCAGCAAUGAGGGCGGUGCUGCCAGAGAGCUAGAGAUUUCAACCACAGCGCAAGAGGUUCCAGAUAAUGCUGACAUGACAUCUGCAGGCCAGGACACUGAACAGUUCCCUCCACCUCCUCUCUUCCCUUCCGCUGCCUCGUCCUCUCAUCCUCCCCCUUCUGUUCUGUCGCCUGUUCCUGAAGCAGAAGACCCCAUCUCCCCUGACUCCGCUCCUCCUUCUGCCACCACUGCUGUAGCCAGAACCACGUCAUCAGCAUCCCUUCCCACGUCAUCACUCUCCCACGACGAUUCAGCCAGCAGGACCCUACAUCUGCCCUCCCUCCGCCCCCCUGUCAUCUCAGCAGCAGAAGAUCCUCUGGAGGAGCCUUUCAGUGCACCUGCCCCAGAUCUACUUUCCCCAGUUACACCCUCCCCUCGCACUGCUGGCUCACACAGCACCGCCCUGUGGUCGCCCCACACCCCCAGGGACUUCGAAUCUUCCCUCAACUCCUCCCCCCAGGCGGCCCCUCUUUCCCCUCGAGCGCCCCCGUCUGCUGAAACCUCUCCCUGUAAGGGGUCACACUCCUCCAUCAGCAAAUCCGCAGCGAAAGCUGCUGCCUGGAGGGCGUCUCUGGGUGGUUUACCCUCGCGGCUGAGCAUGAAGAUUCGCGGAGUGAGGAAGUCGGCACAGGGGGAAGAGGAGCUGAUGGAGCAGGUGCAGCGGUGGGACGGCAUGAUGCGGGAGGAGGCGGGGCGGAUAUGCAAGGCGGCUGCAGUGCCGUUUGUGACGGGGUUUAUGGAGGCGAGUGGAGGGGGCGGGGCACACAGCCUCGUUGACGCGUAUGAACUCAAGGGGGACGAGGAGCAGGAGGAGCAGGUGCAGCGGUGGGAUGGCAUGAUGCGGGAGGAGGCGGGGCGGAUAUGCAAGGCGGCUGCAGUGCCGUUCGUGACGGGUUUCAUGGAGGCGAGUGGGGGAGGCGGGGCACACAGCCUGGUGGAUGCAUAUGAGUUGAAGGUGCCGUUUGUGACGGGGUUCAUGGAGGCGAGUGGGGCGGGCAGCGGGGCACACGGUUGUUUUGAAGAGAAUAUUUUCUUUCAUGGGUUCAUGGACGCGAGUGGAGGGGGCGGGGCGCACAGCCUGGUGGACGCUUAUGGGCUCAAGGUUCGCCUACACCAUCUCUUAGAGCGCUGGGGCCUGGUGCAGGACUCAAUGGCCACUGAGCGCCCCUCGCUCGUCCUCCCUCACCUUUACCUGGGCUCCGCCAUUGCUGCGCGCUCCUUCCCCCUGCUGCACCACCUGGGCGUGCGGCACGUGGUCACGCUCUGCCCCACGGACCUGCUGGACCCAGAUGCGGAGCAGUCUCCCCUCUUCAACUACCUCGUGCUGCCGAUGCGCGACUCCGACCGGGAGGAUCUCAGCAAGUACAUCGACACGACGAGCAGCUUCCUGGAAGCUGCCAUCAGCAAGGGCGAGGGGGUGCUGGUGCACUGCUACGAGGGCCGCAGCCGAUCCGUGUCGAUCGUGCUCGCUUACCUCAUGACCAAGAGGCGCAUGCCCGUAGCGCCGCAUGGGCGCAUGCCCCUGGCGGAGGCAUGGGUGGUGCUGCACUCCGCCCACCCCCAUGCCGCCCCCAACACCGCCUUCCUCCGCCAGCUCGCGCAUGCCCCUGGCGGAGGCAUGGGUGGUGGUGCACUCCGCCCACCCCCAUGCCGCCCCCAACACCGCCUUCCUCCGCCAGCUCCUACCCUUUCUGCUGCCUUUCCUGCCACACCUACAACCCCCUAUACCAGUGUUGAUGCUGCUGCCCCUGAUGUUUUCACCCCUCCUGCCACCACCACAACCGCCCCUCAUCUUGCUCCUACCCCCCAAUCCUCCGGCCCUGCCUCUGCUCCUGCAGCAACUGCACCCUCCUCCUCCACUUCUGUCUCCCCCACGCCUCUCGCUCUGCCCUGGUGUCCGAGGGGGCGAGUGAACAGGCCGACAGUGCGGGUGUGUGGCGUGUGCGGCAAGGCAGCGGGGCUCAGUAGUGACUCACUGAGAGCGCACAUGAGGAGAAUGCACCCAAGAACACCCCUGCCUCCUCUCAAAACUGCUUAA